AUGCCUCCACAGAGGGAGAAGAGCCACCUAAAGCGAGAAAGGGGCAAUGCGGACCUUGCGCCUGACUCGAAGAAACCACGGAGGUCACCUCGAAUCGCAUCCCAAUUGCAGUCAGAUGUUGGAUAUCUACCUUCUCCCCUAGGGAUAGAAGUGGUUCCGGAAAACAGGGGUAAGGAUGUUACUGUUUCUCCUCCAGAGGAAGGUCGCAGUCAGAUGCCCCGAGGUCAAUCUCCAGAGGAAUCCUGCCCUACCCAAGGUUUCUCCCAAUACCCUCCCGUACAGUCCAUAGACGAUGUUGAAGACGAGGUCGCCCAGGGCAUCUGGGGCUAUCUCACUCCGCUGGAUAACAAUUUUGGAGGCCAAUUGGUCCUGAAGAAGCGGGACAGCACUACAACUACCCCCGUAGUUGGGACGGUAUCGACACCAGGAAGCACAAAAUCAAAACGAGGAACAAGAGAAAUCAACCGUGCUGGAUACCUGAUAGGCCGGCACCACGAGUGUGACUUCAGGCUUAAAAUUGCCACGAUAUCCAACCGCCAUUGUCUAAUAUUCAACGAAAAUAGGGGAGGAGACUCCGUUGCAAUCGUAGAAGAUCUCUCCAGCAAUGGCACAUUCAUCAACGAUGCCAUCAUUGGCAGAAAUAAGCGCAGAGAGCUCGAGAAUGGUGACGAGAUCACCAUCUUAGACGAAUCCAGAUUUAUCUUCAACUACCCACGGAGCCGUAACACAAACAAGUUCCGCCAACAGUAUAACGUCUUUGAUCUGCUGGGCAAAGGGCAUUUUGCAUCCGUCUAUCUAUGCGCUGAACGCUCUACCGGGAUGCAAUUUGCUGUCAAGCAUUUUGAGAAGCGCCCGAACGCUGUUCAAAAGCUAGAUCGUGAAGCACUCCAGCAAGAGAUUUCCAUGUUGAUGAGUGUCAAUCAUCCAAAUAUGCUGUGCCUCAAGGCUACCUUUGACGAGAGCGAUGGCGUCUAUUUGGUUCUUGAGCUUGCACCUGAAGGUGAACUGUUUAACUGGAUCAUUAGGCACCAGAAACUUACCAAUGACGAGACACGGAAGGUAUUCACGCAGCUUUUCCAAGGCUUGAUGUAUCUGCAUGAGCGAAAUAUCAUCCAUCGAGACAUAAAGCCAGAAAACAUUCUUGUUGUUGACAAAGAUCUCACCGUGAAAUUAGCCGAUUUUGGCCUUGCAAAGAUUGUCGGUGAACACUCCUUCACCACCACGCUAUGCGGAACACCUGGUUGUAAGUAUUACCUGUCAGACGUUGCCCCAGAGAUAUUGGAAGAAUUCCCUAACAAACGCAUGUACACCCGAGCCGUUGAUAUGUGGUCACUCGGAGUCGUACUCUACAUCUGUCUCUGCGGUUUCCCUCCAUUCUCGGAUGAAUUGUACGACCCAACACACUUCCCAUAUACCCAGAGAGAUCAGAUCAGGCAGGGACUCUACACUUAUCCUACCCCCUACUGGCAGUCAGUUGAUCGCCUAGCCGUCCAUCUUAUAGAGCGAUUGCUUGUCGUCGACCCGACAAGGCGUGUUAAAGUUGAAUAUUGUGUCCAGCAUCCCUGGAUUACAGGCAUCAUGCCGGGCGCAACGGACAGCACAGACGGCUUAGUGGGGGCUAUAGGCGAUCUCGAGGUCUCGGAGGAGCGUCGUCCAACUAUAACACGCACAUAUCUGAGUGAUAUGCACGAAACCACGAUCAAGCAGGUGGUAACGAAGAAGCGUGACGACCCUGGCUCCCAAAAAGUAACUAUAUACCAGACUGUGAGCAAGGUUCCAGAGCCCAAGCCGGCUGCAAACCGGAACUCGAGGGAGUUCAUGGAACUUGGUGGGAAGGGAGAUCAGCUAUUAUUCGAUGAUCAGUCUGAUGACGGCUCGUUGGAACUUGAAGGUGAAGCGCGUAAGCCGCUCUUCAACAAGGACGAUGCCGAUGAGACUCCUCGGGGAAGAAAGAAGUAG